AUCCGCCACUGACACUAUUUUAUUCAUAUUGCAUGUAAAUCGAGUCUUUGUCAUUAUAUAUUACAGGGACCUCUAUUCAACAGAUAUGAUUGUAAAUAAUGGCUUCACCACAUAACCUCAACAAACUACACAAUGAAACACUCAUGGACCCCAGCUGCCUGUUGCCCACCAAGAAGCGCAAAGAUUCUCAAUGAAGUUACAGAAGAACUAAUUCGCAAAAGAUCAGAACACAAUGAAGGGGAAAUAUCCACUUUAGAAGAGAUAAGCCUACAUCAAGAAGACAUUGAGAAGAUUGAACACAUUCAGAAUUGGUGCCGAAAUCUUCAGAUACUUCUUCUGCAGUCAAACUUAAUUGCUCGAAUUGAAAAUCUUUCAAAACUGAAAAAGCUUGAAUACUUGAAUUUGGCACUGAAUAACAUAGAGCUAAUAGAAAAUCUUGAGGCAUGUGAAUCAUUGCAGAAACUGGAUUUGACUUUAAAUUUUAUUGGACAGCUUCAAACAGUUGAGUCUCUGAAGAAUAAUAUUCAUUUACAUACUCUGUAUCUGACAGGGAAUCCCUGUACUGACUACAAGGGCUAUCGCCAGUUUGUUGUAGCAUCUUUACCACAGCUCAGACAGCUUGAUGGGACUGACAUUGAAAGAUCAGAAAGAAUUUUAGCAGUCCAGAUUUACAAAAAUGUGAAAAAAUCUAUAGAACUGGAUCAAAAACUAUACCAAGAAAAAAGAGAGAAGCAGAAGCAAGAUAAUGAGCUGAAAGCAAAAGAUCAUCAGUGGUCUCAACCUGAAUGUUAUGAAGAUCCAGAGAAGGUCAAACAAUUUUGGUCAGAAACCUGUGAUCACAGCCCUGAAACUAGAGUCCAUUUGGCAUUAGAAGCGAGAAAGAGCAACAACAACAAGGAUUUGAGUAAUAAUGAUUUUAAAAAUGAGCCAGCAUGUGUUAAUCUCUUUGACAAAGAGGGGAAACCACGUAAUGUGAAUGAAGCCAAGGUUCCAUUUACACUCAAAGAGGAAGAUGGAUGUUACAUAUUAGACAUUACUGUCUUCAGAUAUUUGGACACAGCACUCAUAGAUGUUGAUAUUCAGCCACAGUACGUUACGGUGUUAAUCAAAGGGAAAACAUUGCAGCUAACGUUGCUUAAUGAAGUAGAGAUUAAUAAUUCAACAGCCAAGCGGUCACAAGCAACUGGUCAUUUAAUCAUUACAAUGCCUCAGGUAAAUGGUAUGAUUAUGUCAAAGAAGAAGCAACUGAAUAAAAAGAACAGCACUGAAACUACUCUGUCACUUACUCAAAACAGCAAAAGAGAACUCCUUGAAAUUGGACCUCCUCCACCACUGGAUUUUGCCAAUAUUGUAAAUAUCAAAGAAAUAAAAACGUCACUGUUGGAUACUACAUGUUAUUCUUCAAGAUUCACACUGCAAGAAAAAAAACCACAAGAAGAUUACAUUGAAGAUCCUGAUGUACCGCCUCUAGAAUAAAACAUCUUGGCUACUGCUGUUAUGUAGAAGAAAAAAAAUUAUGUACAUGUUUAAGUAUUGUUUCCAUACAUGUUCAGAGAGAAAUGUAUAGCUAUUUCAGUAGACAAAUAUUUUGGAAAUUUAUAUAUGCACAAUUUCUCUCAACUUUCAUAUGUUGUAUUUCUUGUUAUAAUAUAUGGAAUCUGUUCAUUUCUUCACACAGUAGAACCUAAAUUAACUGUCACUUUUGGGACCAGGAGGUGGUCGAAACACUAACAAGGUCAUAUAAUCAUGAGAAUGAAAGAAGCUGUUUACAGAGCUUAAAACUAUGUAAUAAAAGAGA